UUAGUGCAGGGGUGGGCAACUGUGGCCCUCCAGCUGUUGGACCCUGCAUUCACUAUAUCUGGUCUCCCAGGACCCUGCAUUCACUAUAUCUGGCCUCCCCGGACCCUGCAUUCACUAUAUAUGGUAUCCCUGGACCCUGCAUUCACUAUAUCCGGUCUCCCCGGACCCUGCAUUAACUAUAUCUGGUCUCCCCGGACCCUGCAUUCACUAUAUCCGGUCUCCCCGGACCCUGCAUUAACUAUAUCUGGUCUCCCCGGACCCUGCAUUCACUAUAUCUGGUCUCCCGGACCCUGCAUUCACUAUAUCUGGUCUCCGCGGACCCUGCAUUCACUAUAUCUGGUCUCCUCGGACCCUGCAUUCACUAUAUCUGGUCUCCCCGGACCCUGCAUUUACUAUAUCUGGUCUCCUCGGACCCUGCAUUCACUAUAUCUGGUCUCCGCGGACCCUGCAUUCACUAUAUCUGGUCUCCCCGGACCCUGCAUUCACUAUAUCUGGUCUCCUCGGACCCUGCAUUCACUAUAUCUGGUCUCCGCGGACCCUGCAUUCACUAUAUCUGGUCUCCCACAGUACACAAAACAUGGAAAUGCGAUUAUUUUAUACAUUAUAAACUGACAAAUACCUUUGCUCAUCAGCAGUAUAUAGCAGUUUUAU